CAGAGCGAAAGCAUGAGUUUGUACGACACUUUGCGAAGCCGGGCAGAAGUUAUCGAUGAUAACGUUCGAUUGUCCGAAUUAGUUGCCCGAACCGUUGCUAGCGGACCCCAUGAUCGUCCGAUCCACCUGCUGGAAGUGGACACUGUUGUUUCGCGGUACGCAGAAUGGCUUCGCCAUCUGCCACGUGUGAAGCCGUACUAUGCCAUCAAGUGCAACGAUACUGAGGCGGUGGUGGAGACGCUGACGGUACUUGGCGCUGGUUACGACUGUGCGUCUCAGCCCGAGUUAGAGCGGGUCCUCAGGUUGGGCGUUCCGACGGAACGGAUCAUCUACGCCCAACCAUCGAAGAGUGUUGCUUCGCUGAAAUUCGCACGUGAUAAGCGAAUUCGUACGGUGUUUGAUAAUGAAUUUGAGCUUGAUAAGAUAGCCCAACACUUUCCGGAUGCUGAGCUACUGUUGCGGUAUCGGUUCGAUUCUGGCAACACAAAAAUCAACUUGGGCAGUAAGUUCGGGUGCGAAGUAACGGUAGAGGCAAGGCAGCUGCUCGAUCGAGCCCGCAAGAUGGGUAUGAAUGUCGUUGGCUUCUGCUUCAACGUUGGCUCCAUGAGCUACGACGCGGAGGUAUUCUAUAAGGCGCUUCAGGCUGGACGCGAGAUCAGUGACUAUGCCGCAUCGAUCGGUUUCCAGUUUCGCGUGCUGGACCUCGGCGGUGGUUUCGUCGGCGAUAAGGACGACAGUAUCGCCCGGUACGCUCAGUACAUCAACCGAGGGCUAGAUGAGUUCUUUCCGGAGGAGUGGUUGGAGGUGUUCGCCGAACCAGGGCGCUAUCUGUGUGCCGCUGCGGUGACGAACGUGUGCGUCGUCCAGGGCAAGCGAUACUUCCGAAAUGCCUCAAACUGGAGCUCCAUCGAGAGCGUCGGAUACUAUUUGAACGACGGCAUGUACGGUACCUUCUACGGUGCCAAAUACCGUGGUAUGGUGCCGAAACCGAUUGUGUGGAAACCGAGCGCUGCCUGCGGACCUGUGAGGCCGAGUAAGCUGUUCGGCCCGACGUGCGAUGGAAACGACUACUUCAUGGACGGAGUACUACUACCGGAGCUAGAACCAGGAGACACGUUAGUCUUCGAAACGGAGGGUGCGUACGCAAGUGUCCACUCUUGCCGAUUCAAUGGAUUUCAUCUGCCAAAAGUGGUCGCUUACAUUCGACGCACUGCAGUCGAGCUAUUAAAACAAGUAGGCGAUGCCAAAAUGGACAGCCGGUUCAUUGACAAGCUACUCUUGGACUCGGAAUUCCUAAAAAACAUCGGCCAAAAGUGUGAACCGUUGUCAUUUACGGAUUAA